AUGAAAAUGUAUACCACAUUUAGUUUCGUUUUGAUGUGAUUAAUGUGACAACGGAGCAAAUAAUUAUUCAAAAUGUUCUCAGUGAUUCAAAUCGUUGUUAUUACUUUAACAAUUUUUGUCGGAUGUGGAGUUGCAAAGGAGCCCGAUUUUUCAAAAUGCAGACAAGAUUUGAAAUCUCAAGAUUACAAUUACAGACUUUACCCAAUAGAAGAAAUAAAAAAUGACAACGACAUUUAUUUGGAGUUCUACGUAAAAGCUGGAAAGGAUGCUCUAAUCAUUUUUUCCCCAACAAAUGGUCCAAUGAAAAGCGGUCCAAAUGUCUAUGAAGUACUGAUAGGCGGUUAUAUGUAGUAAUGAGAAAUCAACAAUCCGAGAAACUCCAGGAACAGGAAAAGAACUGGUUGAAUAUUACGAGGAGAAUAUAUUAUCACCUACUGAAUAUCGGCAAUUCUGGAUUCGAAUUUCUCUAAACGGAUCAUCGAUUCAAGUGGGGAAGAAAGGGAAAGCUCCGUUCAUGCAAUUGUUCAACAGGAAGUCUAGGAACAUUACCUACUAUGGAUUAGCUACUUGGAAAGAAGAUUCUCGUGAAGUGAACUGGUAUUUUCCAUGUUCCGAUGACGGUAAAUAUGACGUGAAGAGAAACCGUAUUAUUGAUACCGUAUUCGCCAAUUAUUCAUACACGUCCCCACCAAAUCACAAUAGUACUCAAGCAAGUAUCACGUUCCUAAGCCAAAAUACGUAUUUUUCGGAUUCUGAAAUCGUACAGAUAGAUGGAACUGCAAAUAUCACGUGGAAAGACGAACGAUUAGCCUGGAAACCAAAAUCUUAUAAUAAUUACCGAUCUGUAGAUGUGAAAUACAAACGAGUAUGGAAACCUAGCAUUGCCCUCACAAAAGGUGAAUUAGUCAACGGAACAAUGAAUUCUGUCAAUAGUUCGAUAUCCUUAUCUUAUGAUGGUAACGUAACAUGGACCACUCCAUUCAGAUUAAGAACACCAUGUCUACCUAAGGGGGGAAAUUCGCACAAACCACGAUUGUACUGCUCGAUCGAACUGACAUCAAACAUUAUAAGUAUCAACUUCGAUUUUUCAAACGAUGCCAAUUCUACACUCCAAUUCAAAAGCGCAUCGAAAUUUGACUACCAGUAUGUGGAAAUUCAGGAUCAGAAGCGAAAUAAAUCCAAGUUUACCGGAGAAUUGAUCUACAACAAACGUGACCGUUCAAACAAUGAAAAUCAUAACAAAUGAGAGGAGAUCAUUCUCAACAACACGAAUUUACUGAUAUGAUUAGCGACAAACCCGAACUGAAAAAAACAACUGCAACACAUUGAAAAAUGUUCCUUAUUUCCUUAAUUAAACCCAAGUACAAAUACAUAUAAUGUGCCUUUUUUAAAUAUUCUAUUUUUGAUUAAGUUUACGACUGAUUAUUAUUUUCAUUAAGUAUAUGCUGCCAUGGUAAUUUUUUAAAAAUUAUGUUAGUUUCCUCAAAGAAUAAAUUAUAUAAAU